AUGGCGCAGUACUUCUUCGAUCUACUGUACAACUUUACAGAUUGCAUGUGCUGCUUUCCGAGUACGCCGCAACUGAAGAUCAACAACCGCAGCUUCAAGCUACUGCGUCUCCUGGGUGAGGGCGGUUUCUCCUACGUCUACCUCGUGCAAGACAAGACAACCUCGGAGCUAUUCGCGCUCAAAAAGAUCCGCUGCCCGUUCGGCCAAGAAUCCGUGUCGCAGGCGCUCAAAGAAGUUGAAGCCUACAGUCUAUUCACCUCACAAAAAAAUAUCAUUCACGCAAUCGACCACUGCGUCUCGACGGAAUCAGGAUCCAAAUUCCGGUCGGAUGGCGGCGAACCCGGAUCGAAGACGGUCUACAUCCUCCUGCCGUACUAUCAGCGCGGGAAUCUGCAAGAUGCGAUCAAUGCCAACCUCGUCAAUCACACUCGAUUCCCGGAGAAGCGGUUGAUGGCGCUGAUGCUCGGGGUCGCCCGAGCGCUCAAGGCGAUGCAUCAGUACCGAGUUCAGAGCGGGUCCGCCUCGACCCGGAAGGCCAAGGCGGUUCGACGAGAAGGCGAAGAGGCGGAUAAUGAAAGGACCAUGCAGAUGAAACCCAAGCGACGGGCGGGCCGCAGCGCAGACGAGGAGGACGAUGAGAAUGAGCCAUUGAUGGAUGAUGAAGUGACGCAGAGUCAAGAGGGCGUACAGGAGGGUGGUCUGCGCCCCUAUGCGCAUCGUGAUAUUAAGCCUGGCAAUAUCAUGAUAGACGACGACGGCCAGAAUCCUAUUCUUAUGGAUUUGGGCUCUCUUGCGCCAAGUCCCAUUGCCAUUACCUCUCGGUCAUUGGCCUUGGCCGUACAAGAUACCGCUGCCGAGCACAGCACAAUGCCCUAUCGUGCCCCGGAAUUGUUCGACGUCAAGACCGGCUCGAUCAUUGACACCAAGGUUGACAUCUGGUCCCUCGGCUGCACACUGUACGCAUGCUUAGUCGGCAAGAGCCCCUUUGAGGCUCGUAGCGAUGAAACUGGCGGUAGUCUGAGCAUGUGUGUGCUCGGUGGGGAUUGGCGCUUCCCAGAUGAAAAGUCAGGCGCGACGAAAGGGAAAGCCAAGGUCGGUGGCGAGGCGGAGACUUCGUCCGGUAGCAGUGAGCAGGUGAUCAGUGAACCGGUAAAGGAGGUCGUGCGCAAAUGUCUGCAAGUCGAGCCAGCGGACCGGCCGGAUAUUGAUGAAUUGAUUCAGAUGAUGACGGAUGUCAUCAACGAGUUACCAGACGAUGAUGGCCUUGCUUAG